UGAAACCAGUGCUCAACAACAAACAAAAAUUCCUAGAAGUUGGUCUGAUGUCUGUCGCAAUCGUGACUAUGGUGAUGUCAAUUAUCUUCCUAUCAUGUUUAAAAUUGAAAAAAACGACCAAGCUGUUUGUACACAAAAGCCUGAUGUUCAGUCUUUGCAUGGCUAAUGCGGUUUACAUGGCGGAUGUGGCUUUUACUGUUAGGAACGAUUAUCCGGGUGUAUGCUCAGCUYUUGCUGUUGUACAGCACUACUUCCACACAGCUGUCUUUACGUGGAUGUUAGCAGGAGCCGUUCACUUGUACUUCAAACUGAUCAAUGUGUUCUCUCCUUACGACAAACGGAUCACAUACUGUCUUAUUGGAUGGGGAACACCGGCUUUGAUUGUGGGUACUGCAGCUUUGAUCAAACCAUCCAUCUACGACAUGUCACCAGAACAUCAUGACGUUGACUGUGGUGAUCAGUUGGGUUAUCAUAUAUCGAUCAUCAGAGAGUUCUGCUGGUUGAAUGACGSUUUGUGGAUUUACAAUGGACCAGUACUGGGRAUUCUUGUGAUCAAUGUGGUCCUUUUUGUCGUGUUCCUUCGUAUCGCUUUUGGAAAAAUUGCAGCAAAAAUUCCAAACAACAACAAAAAGAAAGCAAAGAAAGUAUUUAAAGGUGUAGCUGCCCUUCUCCCCAUACUUGGCAUUGCAUGGUUACUUGGUUUCGCUGUCAACUCUCAYUGGAUUCUUCUUUACWUUUCUAUUGUUGUCAACUCAUCUCAGGGCAUUUUCUUGUGUGUGGUUCACUGUUUGAUGGAUAACGAGGUUAGAAAGGCCAUAAGACUCCUCAAACAAAAGAAAAAGGCGGUCAUUGGUAUCGAAGCAGGACGUCCACACGGGCGAAAGAACGAGCCUCAGGCAGCAAUGGAAGGAGAUGCAGUUGAAAUGAGCGUCAACGCAAACAGUGGUAAUCAGGGUUUUUUGUCAGAAUUGAAAGCAAAAGACGAUUGUGUUCUUGUUUUACUUAUAAUGAGCAUAUGUUGA